AGAAGGCUUCUGGUUGGCUUAUUCUCAAAAUAGCUCUUCCUCCUUACGUGAACCUCUGCUGCGUUUGGAUGUGCAAUACAGGCUGCGCAUUAACAAGGGGAAAACUCUGGAAAACAGAGAGAUGGAUAAUAAUUUAACGUCUGAGCCUAAAGCCAAUGGAGUGAAGAAAGGAGGAGCCCGAAUUAUUGUGGACGACGAUGACGAUCUUAGUCCAACCGACCUGUCGGAGAUGUUAGCUGAGGGUACCAAGGAGGCCCACGACCGAGCAGAGAACUGUCAGUUCGUCAAAGAUUUUCUCAGGGGCCGCAUCAUUAGGGAGCUGUUUAAGAGAGGCACAGCCGCUCUGUACUUCGUGUAUUCGGCCAUGGAGGAGGAGAUCGAGAAGAAUAAAGAUCACCCUCACAUCGCUCCGAUCUACUUCCCUACGGAGCUGCACCGACGCGAGGCCCUGGCCCGAGACCUGGAGUAUUUCUAUGGAGAGGACUGGGAGAGCCAAGUCAGCCUCUCCGCGGGCACCAAGCCCUACGUGGACCGCAUCCACGAGGUGGGACAGAAGGACCCGGUGCUGUUGGUGGCCCACUCCUACACCCGCUACAUGGGAGAUCUCUCGGGAGGCCAGAUCCUCAAGAAAGUGGCCCAAAGGGCUCUGAAGCUGCCAGCCACAGGAGAGGGUCUGAACUUCUACCAGUUUGAGGGAAUCAGCAGCCACAGGGGCUUCAAGCAGCUCUACAGGAGCAGGAUGAACGAGCUGGAGCUGGACACGGAGACCAAACAGAGGAUCGUGGACGAGUCCAACCGGGCCUUUGGAUUCAACAUGAUGGUCUUCUCAGAGCUUGAAGAAGUUGGGAAUGCUGUCAAAGAGGAAGUCCAAGAGGAAGGUUUUGGACACGGUCACGCAGAGGUCGUUCAAGAAGAUGAUUUCAACAAGUGUCCGUACUAUGCAGCUAAAAUGGCUGCCAGUGGGAAUCCGACCUAUGCGCUCCAGCUAGCCAAGAUGUUUGUGGGUCAUGUGCCCUGUCAGGUGGCUCUGGCUGCCUGGGUUGCUCUCUUUGCUGGCUUUACCGCCUGGUACCUUCUGUAAGCUCAGACAACCUUCAUCUGCCUUUUGAUAAAGUCCAGGAGAAAACGGCUGUCACGGCAAAUUGUUGCCUUUCUUGGUUUGACCUCAUAACCCUGCAUCUAUGCAUUUACUGUAGCAUUUUAAUAUCUCUGUUAAAAUGGUUUGUUUGAUUAAUGACUUUCUGUUUCUGAGACUGGAGUCAGUCUAAAGAGGUGAAAUCUUCCUCCAUGGUGCUUGUAUGUUUUUUUUUUUUUGGAUGCUGUAUUCUGUGGACACGCAGUUACGAGAAGCUCUGCCAUCUCCAGGAAAGUUAAACGCUUUAACUUGAACCAUCUAGUUCAAAAUCCUACAUUGUAUUUAUUGGAAACUGGUUUUGUAAUGCUGGAUAGUAUUUCACUGCUUCAGAAGAAAACUCUGUACAAAUGUGUGUGCAUGUGUUAAACAGUAAAACUGUUAAAUCUCACAA